UGUAAUCAUUGAACUUGUAGUUACAGAUGGUAGUAAAUGGUAAACUCUAUUUUCUUUUCACUAUUCAGUAUUUGCACAUUAUAAAAAUCUGUAACUGUUCUGUCUACUUUUGUGUAGUUUGUAGGUUUACGUCAAACGUGUUAAUAGCUACUUUGAAUUAUGUCUACGAUUUUUGCUACCCGAAAAUUUUCCACUUCAGCUGUUUGCAAUCACAUAAUGAAACUGACCCGUCUGCGUGUUGUCGACAACAGCACAAUUGGCAAGCAAGCGAUGGCUGAAGGUAAACCCCCGCGUUGCAUACACAUUUAUAAUAAAAAAGGUAUUGGCACAAUUGGUGACAAAAUACUGGUUGCCAUCAAGGGUGAAAAAGUAAAAGCUAUAAUUGUUGGCUGCGUCAAAGAACAAAAACCCAAUAUUCCCAGGUUUGAUAGCAACAAUAUAGUAUUAAUUGAUGAUAAUGGCACACCACUUGGAACUCGAAUUAAUGUUCCCAUUCCAAUCGUUCUUAGAACUAUAUUAAAAGAAAAAACUUUCUCAAAAGGAGCUGAUUACACUAAAUUACUGGCUAUUGCUUCAAAUUAUGUAUAAAUAUUAGUGAUAAGUAUAUAUAUAUAUAUAUAUAAAUUUAGUUGUAUAUUUUUUCAAUGUUAUUUAUGUACUGUGAGAAUAAAAAUGUAUUAGAAAUUA